GUUUAGUCGCACCCAUGAUCAUAUUUGAUCCCCAACAUGAAGACGUUUCUUCUCCUAAGCUAAAUUUUAUAUCUCCACUUAACUCCCGAAUUCGAAAUUUCCUCACAAUCUUUUGUUGCGGUUUUAUUCGGGGGAAUGUGCGCUCAAAUCGAACAUGGAAUGCCCACAAGCUGCUCGACAGAAUGCUUUUUUUGUAAAUGGGCCUCUCUCUCUAUAUAUCCAAGCCUUGUCACGUGUCUCUCACGUGAUAGCUCUUCUUCUAAUAACUACCAUCCCACUUCUAUUUUUUUUCCCUCCUCGUCGGCUCUUCUCUCGAAAACAAGAAAAGAAAAAAUAGCAGCAAGAAAGCUUUUGAGAAUCACAUGGCGACUCCCUUCGUCUUUGAAGACGAUGAUGAGGAAGCUAAACAAAUCCAACAACUCUCUGCAGAUUACAUCGCUCAAGGAGAUCACAUCAAGGCCCUGGAGGUCAUCGAAACUUGGAUUUCUUCUGCUCAUAAGAAGAAGAAGAAGGUCCUAGACUUUUUCUCUUUCCAGGAAGGCAAAAUCUUCUACAAACAGGCCAAGAUAGCAGAGAACAGCGAUGUGAAACUCGCGUUUCUAUUUGCCUCCGCGGAAUGCUUUUCGGCAAACGAGGGGUUCUCAUCGUUUUGUGCCGCUCCGCUCUUUGGUUUGGGCUGUUUGCUCGGAUCACCAUUGUACUUGAAGAAAUCCGUAGGUAAAGCAAAAGAGUAUCUGGCUGUUUUGGCGUCUUUUGAUGAAUUGAAUCGGCAAGAGGAGAAAAGUGUAAGAGACGUCAAGAGUAUACUCAAAGCUGCUGAGUCAAGGAUCGCUGCUGGCUCUCCUAGGGAUCCGGAAGUUACUGAAUCCAAGAAAAGUCCUCCUGAUCCGAGUAAGAUUGAGGUUGAAGGAUUGAGGUCGUUUUGGACUGGUUUGAAUGUUGAGAUCAAAAGGAAGUUUAUGGAAGUAAGGGUUGCGGAUUUUACCAGCUAUGUGCAGAGAUUCUAUGGCACAGAGGGACGAGCUGCUUUGGAAAAAGUUCUGGGUUCAGCAGUGAAUAACAAAAAAUGGAGGGUUUGGGUAUGUCGAGCUUGUUCGAAAGAGUUCUUACCCCUUAAAAAGUUUAAGAAUCAUCUUGAAAAAGAACAUGCCGCAAAGUUUAAGCCUUCUAAGGCAGAGCAUAUGGCUCAGAUGGUGGAUGAAGUGUGGGCUGGUAUGAUAACAGUUGCUGGCUGGGAGCCAGUGGAUACAGCUGCUGCUGCUGAAAUGAUCAAGACUCGGCUUGAAUUUGUGCAAGCGUUUGUAUAUGAGAAUGGAUGGUCCAGAGACUGGCCAUUAGCUACAGAUGAAGAGCGCAGCAAGUUACUCCAGGAGAUUCGGUUGCUGCUUGUGUUGUUUUGUGAGCGUAAGAUCCUUUCUUGUGGCCUUCGAGACUGGAUGAUGCGUUUUCUGAUUAAGCAUCUUGCACGGUUUGAAGUUUCCAAGCAUACUUUGACUACAGAGUGUCGCCUAGUGGAAACACCUCAGAGCAUCUGCUUUUUGGAAAGAAGCGAACUCGAACAAAUUCUAGACCUUCUCAAACUCAUCAAGUGUGAAAGGGAAGAUGGCAAAGAGAUAAUUUGCAGAGCAGUGGACAGUUUCUACAGUGGUACUCGUGUUAAAGAAAACAUAGACUUCGACAAGCAGUUUUCAUCUCUGCUUCUGGAUAAGAGACUGCUGCGAUGUGAGAUUGCUCAAUUCGAUGAUGAAGGGACUGUCAGUUUCUUGAACGCCAGUGAUCACUACGCCAAGGCACAUGCCCGUGGAGAUGAUAUACUAUCUUGGUUAGCGGAUCACUCCUCUGCAGAUGAGAGAUUUCGAUUCCCAAGACCUGUGAGGACACACAAUCUAGAUAUUUGGGUGGCUGUUUUGAGAGCCGUUCAGUACACUUGUAGGACUUUGGGAACCAAAUAUGCAAAGAAACUGCAGAUGCUUGGUUAUGAUGCAAGUCUUGUUGACGCCAUAAACUUGUGUGUAAGCGAAAAUAAAAAGAGAAGGAGUGUUCCGGAACAUCAAUGCAACAAAUAUGCAUCUAUUCUAGGCGAUGAAUGUGAAAGAAAGCAUUUAGCUAUAGAUUCUCUCAGUACACGCCUAUUCUUGUGUUCAGUACGAGAUGCUCUUGAAGAAGCACCGCAUCCGACAUUUGAUUUCCCAGAUUUAGAAGAUUGCCUGAAGCGUAUACACAGGCAUACAAAUCUCAGCGAUGAUAUAGUCCUCAACUCCAUAGACCGUCUGAGAUCAUUGGUCGCUGAUAAGGUUGCGCUAGUCGAUACAAAGAUGUUGCUGGUUGAGAAUUCAAGGAUUAGUUUGUUCAACGACCUCAUCAGACUUUCUGGUUUUGACUAUCGCUCUUACAUCCUUCGACCACUUAAAGAAUUCUUGCUGGAGGUAAUAAACGUAGCUGCAGCAGAAGCAGAUCUUCUACUCGAGGAGGAAAAGAAGCCACAGUCAAAGAAGAAGAAACAUAGAAGCAAUAAGGUCCUUGAUAAGACUGUUGAACCUGAACAUUCUUUCAACCUUGAUCUCCAAGCUACAUCUCCAUCACUACAAACGACGGAAAAAGAUUCUAUGGAAAUUCCAUCCAACACUGUGGAUGCAGAGGAAGCUGCUCAAGGUAUGCAAAACAUGCCUGGAGAAGAGUCAGUCCUUAGAGAAGCUGCAGCCAGAUGCAACUCAGCUCUUGACAUAACUCUGAAGGCGCUCUUGAACAUUAAGGUCCUGAAAGAGGAUUUAAUGCAAAAUGAGAAACCAUUUCGUGACGACUUGGAAAAACAAGUUCCUGAGCUACUCCACAGCUAUCUCCUGAGCGAUUUACUUACUUCCAAAGAAGUUAUUUCCAUGUCAAGUGAUGCUGCUGAGAUAGUCGUAUCCAUCCUUGAGUCUUGGCAUAGCUGUAAACGUCAAGAAAUAGAAAGCUUAGUAACUCGCCUCUUUACACUGGAAGAAUAUGAAAGAAUGAGUUGUAGCAGAUGCAGGCAGAAGCCCAAUUAUCCAGAGCAAAGUUCUUAUGGAAUCGUUAUGGCUGCAGAUUCAAUCAGAGACCUCAAGUGUGCUUUUGGGAAUAUAAAGUUUGAGGACAUCGUUAAAGUAAUUCGCAUGGAAGAUAAAAUGUUAUGUGACCUUAAAACAGGAGGCUGUGGAAAGGCAAACUUUGUUCAUCACAUUAUUAGUAGAUGCCCGCCUAUAUUCACAGUCGUGCUGGAGUGGGAGAAGCAUGAAACGGAAAAAGAGAUAUCUGAAACAACAAAGGCUUUGGACUGGGAGAUAGAUAUGAGCAGGCUAUACGAAGGCGUAGAAUCAAGCACCAAGUACCGGCUUGUGUCAUUGGUUGGUUGUGGUGAAGACAAAGAACACAUCUGCCUAGCAUAUGAGAAAGACAGGUGGGUCGGUGUCAGACAUGAUGCUCUUACAGAAGAGGCUGUUGGCAACUGGGAGAGUGUGAUCAGAUUCUGUGGGGAAAGGAAGGUUCGGCCUAAGAUUCUGUUUUAUGAAGCCGCCCACAAAUCGAUGGUUUAGCAAAUGUAACGGAAUGGCAUAUUCCAAUUUAGAAACAGUGUGUUCGUCAUCUGAUUAAAGCAUAAUUGAUAUUCAUGUCAGUGAAGUAUAACAGAUUUGGUUCACCAUUUCAGCCAUCCCUAGUGUACGUGUAUAAAUACUAUUCAGACCCAACAAAUGGUAAAAACGAAGCUUCCAUUAAAGAAAAUGAACAAAUUAGGUUGUAUGUGAACAAGAUCUUGCAAAAGACGAAGCAGUUUCCUUUGUGUUUGUUGAGUUGAAUUUGUAAACUUGAUUGGU